AUGGCAACUCCAUCAACCGAGGGUUAUGCGCCCGAAUGGCUCGAGGUCGAGAAAACCCUGGGAGGUCGUCCUCUCCUCGAAGGCAAGCCACUAGAAAUUAGAAAGCAAUACAGCGAACUAGUCCGCACCAUCGCAGCGCAAUCCGCAGGCCCCGAUUCCUCCGUCCAAACUCGUGAUAUCUCCGCCGACGGAAUCCCAGUUCGUAUCUACACCCCUCCAAAUACUUCUGCCGGAAACCCUCUUCCUCUAGGUGUAUAUUACCACGGCGGAGGCUGUUGCCUCGGGGAUCUCGAUUCCGAGGAUCCGUGGUGUCGUUAUAUCGCUAAGACGGUUCCGUGUGUUCUCGUCUCAGUCGAGUAUAGAUUAGGUCCUGAGUAUAAGAUGCCGGUCAUGUUGGAUGAUAGUCUUAAGGCUUUUGAAUGGGCACGAAACCACGCCUCAGAACUUAACGCCAACCCGGCGCAAGUCUUCACAAUCGGCGGUUCAGCAGGCGGCUGUCUAUCUCUCACCGUAGCAAACGAUCUCAUCGUCGCUGGUAAAAAAGACCACAUCCAAGGCAUCGUCUCCCUGGUCCCCGUAACCGCCCAUCCAUCUUCCAUCCCUGCCGCUUACAAGGAACACUAUAAAUCGUACGAGGAAAACGCAGCUGGUGUUCCGAUUCUAGAUCGAGCCGCUAUGGAUGUAUUUCUUGGGGCUAUUGAGGCGGAUCCUCAUGAUGAGAGAAUUUUUACAACGCUUUCCAAGCAUCUCGAUCAAUUUCCUCCUACGUAUAUUGCUACGUGUGGGAAAGAUCCUUUAAGAGAUGAUGGUACGGUAUUGGAAAUAAUGUUGAAGGAGAAGGGGAUCAAGACGAAGAGUGAUUUUUAUGAUGGUGUGCCGCAUUACUUUUGGAUGUUCCCCGGUAUGAAGGGUAGAGAUGAAUUUUUGGACAAUGUUUGUGCGGGCGUGAAGUUCGUUUUGGGUAUUUAG